AUGGUCGCAAAACCUGGCAGCUCAUCUUCAGGAGCUUCUUCAAAGAAGAAAGUAUCUGAUAGUGGCGAAAGUAGGAAAUCAAGCUCAAAGAGUAGCGUUCCUACGGUAUUUAUUACUAGGCCAAUAACCGAAAAUGCCGAAAACUCAUAUUCGAACAUAAUUAUUCAUCCCAGUGUCAUUGCGGAGUUAGGACUAGUUCCAGGUGGUAUUUGCAUUGUAUCUAAAGAGGGCCAACGUGGUGUAGCUGCAAUAGUAAAAAGUUCUGACACUUUACAGCGACCAGAUGUAAUUCAAUUAGCCGCACCUUUAAGGUCUGUCGGGGGUAUUUUGCUUGGAGAUCGUGUAUAUCUCAAAAAGGUGAUAUCUCAACCAACGUAUGCUACUACAGUUACGGUUGGAACAGUAGGUGGGGAAGAAAUUGGCGCCAGAGACGGUAAAAUAGUGCAAAAGCUACUAAACAGCGCUGGAGUAAUAAUGCCUGGCAUGGUAUUUGAUUCCGUUUUAUUAGAUAAUGGAACAUUGGCAGACAUUAUAAUUACUGAUUUAGAUGACGAUAAUACUAUUUCGGAAACAUUUGCACAGCUAGACAUUAACAGGAAGAAGAACCCAACAGUUGAUUCAAUAUAUUUGUCAAAUGUUGGAAUAUUCCGAAAGGAUAAGACUCAAUUAUUCUACACUUCUGAUACUGAGGCCCAUAGAAAAUAUAGGCUUCCAAUGAAGCUUGGCUAUAGUUCCGUGGGCGGACUAGCAAGUGAAAUACAGAAGUUAAAGGAAACAAUUGAAGCGCCGUUGUACGACUACGAGUUUUACCAAGAAUGUGGAGUUCAACCUCCAAGAGGUAUUUUACUUCAUGGACCUCCAGGAACAGGUAAAACAAUGCUUCUUCGCUGCGUCGCUAAUGAAAGCAAUGCCCAUACCCUAAUUAUAAAUGGCCCAUCUAUUACCUCUAAGUAUUUAGGAGAGACCGAAGAGAAGUUGAGGGCCAUCUUUGACGAGGCUCGAGAAUUUCAGCCUUCCAUCGUUCUUAUCGAUGAGCUGGACUCAAUAGCACCCAAUAGAGAUAACGAUGACUCUGGAGAAGCCGAAAGUAGGGUUGUGGCAACAUUGCUGACCCUUAUGGAUGGUGUCGAGAACGCAGGAAGUGUUGCAGUUGUAGCAACUACUAAUCGUCCAAAUAAGAUUGACCCUGCAUUGAGAAGACCAGGUAGGUUUAACACUGAAGUGGAAAUUGGUGUACCUGACGUGGAUUCCAGACUUCAGAUCCUCAAGAUACUGGUUGCUCAAAUGAAUGCAAAUCGUCGUGGUUUUUCUGAUGAAGAAGUUGCAGAAAUUGCCGCGAAGACACAUGGUUACGUUGGAACUGACCUUAGCGGCCUUUGUACACUUUCCGUUGCCAAAGCUAAACAUAGAGCUGUUGUUGAAGGCAUUUCUCUUUCUGAUCUAACCAUAACAAUGGCUGAUCUUGAAGCUGCCAUGUUAGAGAUAAAACCAAGUGCGAUGAGGGAGAUAUUCUUGGAGAUGCCUAAGGUAUAUUGGUCAGAUAUCGCUGGUCAAGAACAAUUAAAACUGGAAAUGGAGGAGGUGAUUCAGCUUCCACUAAAAGGAGCUGAAAAACUUCGUAGGCUUCGCGUUAUGCCUCCAAAGGGUGUUUUACUGUAUGGUCCACCUGGAUGCUCUAAGACUCUAACAGCUAAGGCUCUUGCGACAGAAUCGGGAUUUAACUUCUUCGCUAUAAAAGGACCAGAAGUCUUGAACAAAUAUGUGGGUGAAACCGAAAGGACUGUAAGAGAGCUAUUCCGCAAGGCCAAAGCAGCUGCUCCUAGUAUCAUAUUUAUUGACGAGAUCGAUGAGUUAGCCAAAAGUAGAGAUGAAGAAUCAAGCUCAUCUGCAGCAAGCAACACCCUUAUUACAUUGUUAAAUGAAAUAGAUGGUGUAGAAGAGCUGAAAGGAGUCGUCGUGGUAGCAGCUACAAAUAAACCUGAGAUAAUCGAUCCCGCUCUAAUAAGAUCUGGUAGACUGGACAAGCAUCUCUACGUUGCUCCACCUAACUUCGAGGCCAGAUUACAGAUACUAAAGAACUGCUCAAAAACUUUUGAAUUGGAUCCCAAUGAGGUUGACUUGAAUAAAUUAGCAGAAAUGACUGAAGACUGCUCUGGUGCUGCCGUUUCCCAACUAUGUAGAGAUGCUGCUAUAUGUGCAACUACCGAAGAUCUUGUAGAAGGAAACGUUAAGUGGCACCAUUUCAAACAAGCUUUGACAAGGUUAUCUAGAGAUGCCGGACCCGAAGUGAUCAAGCCCUACGAAGCUUUUGCAAAGAAGCGUGGAUUGAGCUAA